GGGAAGACUCUGACAGAUUUCUGUGUGAUCUGAAAGAUGCGGCGCACAAUGAUGAUGUCAGAUUGUCUGCUGUUUCUGCUGUCCAUGCAGGCUGCUGCUGGGGUUGCCUCAGGUGCAGUGGUCGGCAGCUGCUCAGCGUGUCACACCCAGGCGAUCUGUCUGGAGUCCGACACCGACCAGAGGGGCGACUCUCUCUCCGUCCGGUCGCUCACAUGCGCCUGCAAAGAAGGCUUCGUGGGCGACGGCCUCGCCUGUCAACCGCACCUCCGCUCGCCCCCGUACCCCGACGACAGCAGUGGUCCGGACCUUCGCUCCGUUACUUUCAGCUGUGGAGGCACGCAGUGUCCCGCUGGCCAAGACUGCCUCAACGUAAAUGGCCAACACUGCUUGGACCCCUGCCAGCACUACACCAACAUGACCGACGACAGGAGGUCCGUCCACAACCCAUACAACUCUUCUGAUCCCCUGAACGACGGUGGCGUCAGCUGGAAAGGGGAAUGGUAUCGACUGUUUCUUGGGGGGCGCGACGCAAAUAUGCCGACAAGCUGCGUUCCGGCGCGUCACUGCGGAACAGAUAUACCGUGGUGGAUCAACGGCUCUCAUCCACGUCUCUCCGACGGAGUGGUUGAGCGAAGCGUGUGUGGGAGCGGCAACACAUGCUGCAAAUAUGACCGAGGUCCCCUCCAUGUCAAAGCGUGCCCCAGAGGUUUCUAUGUCUACAAGUUUUUCGUUACCGGGGUCGCAGUGACUGCAUUUUGUGCAACUCUCUCAGACCAGAACACCACAGCGGUCCCUCCAACCCCCCCCCUUAGGAGUGGAGAGUUACGUCUGGCUGGGGGAAACACUUCCUGCUCUGGCAGAGUGGAGAUCUACCACCAGGACCAGUGGGGGACGGUGUGUGAUGACAUCUGGGACGUGCAGGAUGCCCAGGUGGUGUGCAGACAGCUGGGCUGUGGCAGCGCCCUGUCUGCUACAUCAUCUGCCAGCUUCGGCCAGGGCAGCGGGCCCAUCUGGCUGGACGAUGUCAGGUGUUCGGGGUCAGAGUCCUCCCUGACAGAGUGCAGCCAUCAGGGCUUCGGCUCACACAACUGUAACCACGGUGAAGAUGCCGGGGUCGUCUGUGAGGGUAGGUUUCUGAAGCUUGAAUUUGAACCGCGUAAUUCUGAAGCAAAAUCAUUCGAUCUGCGUUAUAAUACUAAUUGUACCUCAUCAUCGCUCUGGUUCUCUCUUCACCCUACAGACACACCCCCUGCCUCAGCCCCAGAGCUGGUGUGUGGGAGGAGCUACCUGGAGGUGGGUCUCCUCAACUCUCAGCUGUUACCCGACGGUCUGGACCCCUCCUCUGGUCACCUGGCCGACCCCCGCUGCUCCGCCCACCAGGAGCGUGACGGGAGAGUGUGGUACCAGGUGGAGCGCAGGGAGGGCAGCUGUGGAAACACUCUGACGACCAACAGCAGCCACACCAUCUACUCCAACAGUCUGUUUGUCUACCUGGUCAGCAAUGUGACCAUGGUUCAACCCCUGAGGAUCCCUUUCUCCUGCUCCUAUCCUCUGGAGACAGAGGCCAGUCUGGAUGUGGCCAUCAAACAAUACCUGGAGCUUGGAGUUGAGCUGUCAGGCAGGGGUCCCAGGGCCAGGGCCUCCAUCUCUCUGUUCCGUGAUGCCAACUACACAGCUCCUUACCCAGCAGGCCCGGUCACUCUGCCACUGGGCUCUAUCCUGCAUGUGUGCGUGUCUGUUGAAGAGACGGACGCUGAGACCUUUGUGGUCGUUCUGGAGGACUGCUACGCCACCCACUCCCCUCAUCCUGAUGACCUCCUGAAAUACUUCCUCAUCCAGCACAAGUGUCCUACCGACCGUCGCCAGGUGACCGUGGAGGAGAGUGGCUUGUCCCUCCAGGCUCGCUUCUCUGCGCUGCUGUUCCUGUUCCAGGGGGACUACAGGGACGUCUACCUGCACUGCAGCCUCAACCUGUGUGACCAGAGGAGCUCCUCCUGCUCUCCUAUGUGUUCAGGAAGGUCUGUCCGCUCUGUCCACGAACUCGUACCCCUCAAGCCCGUCACCAUUGGACCAAUCACCUGGGCCCAGAGUCUGGAGUGAGCUGAUGAAGUCACACCUCCCUCAGAACGGCUUCAUGACCAUCCCUAUGGCAACCAGCUCAGGCUCUCUCCUGUCUCCUGUCUUUUGAAAAUGUUUUAACCCUUAAAAUGAUGACAGAACACCCUGCAUAUAAAUAACUACAAGCUUUAAAUUGUGGGUUACACUUUCUGAAGAUUUGCAUUCUAUAAUUAGUAAUUUCAUACUAGGGAAUAUUGGGAACACUGGGAAAUAAGUAUAGCCUACUAAAUAAACAUACUACUUUUCCUUUAACGUAAUCACUUAUCUGACCAAAAGCAUGGAUUGUUUGCGUAAUAAUC